AUAUAUUUUGAUGGCAUGAUGAGAUAUUUGAUAAUUAUAGUUAUUAUAGAAAAUAAUCUUUUGACUUGCGAUCAUAGGUUUGAAUCUGUUUAUGCUUUCGGGUUGAAUGGUGAUAUAAGAUGGUAUUGGUGUGGGAGAGCGGGAGGUAUUAUGGAGAUGGAUGGUACAGAUGUUUGCAUGGACAAAGAGCCAGAUCGUGUGAUAACAUAUUCCACUGGAGGAGUUUCUAAUGUUUCAUCUUGUGAAGACAGCCUCAGUCAUCAAGAUGUCAUGGAGUCGUUUGGGGAAAUAAAUGGGGAUCAUGAUAUCAACAAUUCAGAAGAGGGAAGCGAAGCAAAGGAAUAUGAAGUGAAGGAAUGCACAAAUGAAAAAUCAAUCAAGAUUCAUGAACUGCACCUUUCAGAGAAACCUGACCAACAACAAAAUGUGGUCAGCUCGAAGAAUGAGAAAGAGAGACUGGAGGAGAUGGUACUACAAGAAGGAAAGAAUGAUGAAAAAUCUCUUUUAACUGUGAACUCAUCGAAAUCUUCUGCUGGAAAUGUUCGUACAAGACACACUGUUCCACAGCCAUUUGCCUUAGCAACAGAAAAGCGUGCUUCAUAUGGUACUCGAUCUCCCAAUGCUAUCACCACUGAAAAAUCUACCAAAAACAAUGUUCGGACUGCAAAGACCAAAUCAAAUCAGCCCGCAUCACCCCGGGUGCUGAGGAAACCACUGCAACCUACUAACAAGAAGCAUGCUGAUGAGGAAGAUUCCUGCUCGGUAGUUUCCAUCAGUGCAGCAUCAUCUCGGGCUAUCAAGAUCAGAACUACUGUUGCAUCAGCUCCUUCAUUUAGAUGCACAGAGCGUGCAGAGAAAAGGAAGGAGUUUAAUUCGAAAUUGGAGGAAAAACUCCAAGCUCUGGUGGCUGAGAAGACCGAGUGUGAGACGAGGUCCAAGGAAGAGACUGAGGCAGCUAUCAAACAACUAAGAAAGAGUUUAUUAUUCAAAGCAAAUCCAAUGCCAAGCUUCUACCAUGACGGGCCUCCUCCCAAGGCUGAGCUGAAAAAGCCCCCACCAACUCGUGCAAAGUCACCUAAACUUGGCCGACGUAAGAGUUGCAACAAUGUUGUUAAUUCAUCGUAUGGAGACAAGAUAAAAGUCAGUUGUGGCAAUGGAACUGGUCGUGGUACAAAGAGUUGCAACAAAGAUAUCAUUGCAUUGAAUGUUAUUGGGGACCAGAGCGAUGUCUUUCGCUUUGUAGAAAACAAGCUGAAGCAAGGAGGAGCCUUUUCCGAGGGAAUGCAAAACAUGAAACAACGCAAAACAUGAAACAAACUUGAAUUAAUCUCACCUCGACACAAACAUUAGAAGUGUUCUCACGGGUCUUCUUCCCCACAGCCAAGAAAUGCAUUUAGUCUAUCGUCUGGACUCUCAACUGUCUUUGACGACGCAACCAGCUCACAAGUUGCUCGGCUCCCUUUUCUAAGCUAAAGUUUCUGUAGUUAAUAAAAGAAGAGGGGCUCCAUAAAGAAAAAGAUGCAGCUGUCAUGAUCAUCCUUCUACAGUGCCAAAAUUUGCUACGACUUCAAGGUACGUUUAAUUACUAAACAAUCUUCCUGUACAGUUAUGGCUAUCUAAGUUAGCCCACCCUACUAAGCUUCUUGUUGAACUACCCCAGCCUCUCCCUUGCAAUUUCAACAAACACGGUCUUACUAUUUCUGUCGUUUUGUUUUGAUUGUCUUUUUAGUUAAAAGUUGAAGAUCUUGAUUUGGUAGAUGUGGAAAAAGUACUCCCGUUGGAGUGCACAACUGAAUCAUUGACCUUCAAAUUUGUAAGUUUGAAUCUCUCGAUAUAUAUAUGUACACAUAACUGCACGAAGAACAAUUGGCAUGCUUGAAUUUCUUUAUUUCUUUGUUGAGGAGAAUGGAAACUGGUUCGAGAACGUUUGUAUGGAUGAACAUAAAAAGAGUCUUUCAUCCGAACGAUCUCGGACCAGGCUUCAUUCUCGCCAGCUCUUCAAUUAUCUAGUGCAUAACGACUAACGGUAAGUUCACAUCCCUCUCUCAAUUUUAAAGUUUUUUCUGGUGACUGUGUCCGAGAGAAUGAUGUAUAGGGCGAAGAAGGCAAAGUCAUACUUUGUU